AAUCCCAAUGGCGAGAUGUAGUCUGUAACGAGGAAACAGCAGCUCCUCUGGUGAUGGGUGCAGAUAGUGGUCCGGGAGCCCCCCCGGCUGUCCCAUGGCGGAAGGUUCUAUACGAGCGCCAGCCCUUCCCUGACAACUAUGUGGACCGUCGCUUCUUGGAGGAGCUGCGCCGCAACAUCCGCGUCCGCCAGUACCGCUAUUGGGCAGUGGUGCGGGAAGCAGGCCUCGUCGCUCAGCAGCUGUCUUGUGUGGCUGUGUUUCUCACACUGUGGUUCUACAUGGAACGAGGAGACCUGGGCCCGUCUACGCUGCUGUGGGCCAGCCUCGGAUUCGCCCUGCUGGGCUACGGGCUAUAUGAAGCUUUGGGAGGAGGCAGCAGAGAGCGCACACGCUUGGCAGACCUGCAGAGUGCAGCAAUCUUCUUGGCCUUUACCUUUGGCUUCUCACCUGUGCUGAAGACCCUGACGGAGUCAGUGAGCACGGACACUGUUUACGCCAUGUCGGCCAUGAUGCUUCUGGCCCACUUAGUGUCCUUCCCCUACACGCAGCCUAGCCCCCCAGGCAGCCUGUCCCUGAACGCAGCACUGUUCGGCUCAGUGUGUUUGGCCUCGCGGCUGCCUGGAGCCUUGCACACUUUUGCCAUGUUGAGCUGUGCCCUGUUGGUAUUCGCUCUGUGGCCCUGCCUGCUCCAUCGGCUCAGGGAACGCGCUGAGUGGAGCUUCCCCUGCGCCGCAGCCCUGGUGUGCGUGGCCGGGGUCGGAGGAUUGGCGAGCUUUUGGCCUGUAGGAGCUCUUCUCCUGUUUUUAGCUCUGCUAGUGCUCACACUUGCCUGUCCACUGCUGCUGGUGCAUCUACAGAGACACAAGGACAACAUCCACGGUCCAUGGGACGAGGCCGAGAUCAGAGAGGACCUGUCCCGCUUUCUGAGCUGACACAAAUACUUAAGUAACAGUAUGGACUUCCUUUUUUUAAAGUCAUAACUGUAACCAUGAUUUGUAUAUUGUCGGGUGUAGAAGAGAAGUUUGGCACUGACAUUGAAGCUCAGGGAAAACAUGGAAUAAUGACUUAUUUUACAAGUAUGUGUUAAGUGAUUAAAGAUGUAACUAAAGUGCAAGUGAUUGUAAACAGUACAGUAUUUUGAAAUAUGUAACGAUGACUAAAAUAUUUGCUAAAAUUGUUUUUUUAACGAGACUGUAUUUAUUGUAUGUGUAAUAAAGGUUAUAACCUAAAGCCCAAU